UGCUUAUAGCGAUUCAAAUCAGUAAAACUGAAAGAAAAUGAAUGAAGUUGACCAUCUACUUCAGCUUUGGUGAUUGCUGCGGCUCUGACACUAAGACCUAUGCUGUGGGGGGCUGGGCCUGGGCGUGGUGGCUCAUCUCGGACACCCAAAGGAUCACCCUGGAGAUCAUGACUCUGAAGCCUCGCUGUGAGGAUGUGGAGACAGCAGAGGGGGUGGCCAUCACUGUCACAGGGGUGGCUCAGGUGAAGGUGAUGACGGAGCAGGACUUACUGGCUGUAGCCUGUGAGCAGUUCCUGGGUAAAUCCGUGAUUGAAAUCAAAGGUGUGGUUCUGCAGACUUUGGAGGGACACCUGCGCUCCAUUUUAGGUACCCUGACUGUAGAGCAGAUCUAUCAGGACAGAGACCAGUUUGCUCAGCUGGUGAGGGAAGUAGCAGCUCCAGACGUGGGCAGGAUGGGCAUCGAGAUCCUCAGCUUCACCAUUAAGGAUGUGUACGAUAAACUGGACUACCUGAGCUCCCUGGGGAAGACGCAGACUGCAGCUGUGCAGAGGGAUGCAGACAUUGGCGUGGCUGAGGCAGAGAGGGAUGCUGGGAUACGGGAAGCAGAAUGUAAGAGGGAGAUGAUGGACGUUAAAUUCCAGGCUGACACCAAGAUGGCCGACUCCAAACGAGAACUGGAGCUGAAUAAAGCAUCCUUCAACCAGGAAGUCAACACCAAGAAAGCAGAGGCCCAGCUGGCAUACGAGCUGCAGGCAGCUAAGGAGCAGCAGAAGAUCCGCCUGGAGGAGAUUGAGAUCCAGGUGGUGCAGAGGAAGAAGCAGAUCACCAUCGGGGAGAGGGAGAUUGAGCGGACAGACAAGGAGCUCAUCGCCACAGUGAAGAGGCCCGCUGAGGCCGAGGCCUACAGAAUGCAGCAGAUUGCUGAAGGGCACAAGACAAAGGCGGUGCUGUUAGCACAGGCUCAGGCAGAGAGGAUCAGAAGGAUCGGUGAGGCAGAGGCGUGCUCCAUCGAGGCAGUGGGCAAGGCGGAGGCGGAGAGGAUGAGACUGAAGGCCGAGGCCUACCAGCUGUACGGAGAGGCAGCUAAGACUGCGCUGGUGCUCGAGGCCCUGCCUAUGAUUGCUGCUAAGGUGGCAGCGCCGUUAGCCAGGACCAAUGAGAUCGUCAUCCUGAGUGGGGAGAGCAGCCGCGUGACGGGCGAGGUCACCCGCCUUCUGGCUGAACUUCCUGUGUCUGUCAAUGCUCUCACUGGAGUGGACCUGUUAAAGAUCCCGUUGCUGCAGAAGAUGACCGGUGCUCUAGCCUGAGAGACGACUCCAGUAUCUGUUGUAUGCACUCUGAUGGACUGCCUUUAAUACACUUGAAGAAUUGAGUUGUUUUAUACGUAUAUACUAUAUACCAAGUGAAUUUUGGAAACCUCUGGUGCCUUACUUUAUACAAGGCCAGAAUAUCUGAAUGCCCUGCUGCUCAUUCAGAGAUGUUUUCAUUUAUUUAGUUUGCACAUGUCUUUUAUUUAUUUGUUCUAUUUCUAAUAUAUAUUGGCCUGUUUGUAUGAGGUGGGAUCAAAGAGGAGAGCUGAUAUUAGACUGCUGUGAUGGUGCUUAGAUUUCUAUCACCAUGGUGUUAACAUCUUGAUCUUUAUUAUACUUCAGGUCGUGCUCUUCCAGAACAGAAGGCCUCUGCUCUCACUUUGACAUUGUGUAUGUUCAUAUAGACCUUUGUCUUUAUCGUGAGACACUUCUGCAUUCCUAGAUCAUCUGAAUCUUUUCUUGUAAAUGGUAGAGCUUUCUUUAUUACUUUUUGAAUGUGUCACAGAUUGAUUUGUACAAAGGUGCUCAUAAUCUUAAAGAAGCCCCUUCCAUUGUGCAAAUGUUGCCUGUUCCCCUGAGUGAAGUUUAGAUCACCACUAACUGUUCAUAUCAGGCGCAAUACAGACGUGUAUUGCGCCUGAUCAUCAUUUUGUAUUUAGGAAAACGGAAUCAGAAUCUGAUCUUGUGCUGACAUGGUUAGCUUGUAACGUGUUAUUUUAAUAUUUAGUGUUGGUUUUAAUGUCAAGUGUUGCUAGUUUCAGCCAUGAUUAAGAAAACAAACAGUUGGUGUUUAAAAAAUCAAGAUGUGUGGAGAAAGUUCAAUGUGAAUAGAUUCUGAGAGGCCAGACGGCAAUGACAAAUAGAAUCCAUUCUUUUCAAUGUUGUUGUAUCAGCAGGAUAUUGUGUAGUAUAUCUGAUGUUUCAUUUCAUACUAAAAGUAUCUUUAGAUGCUGAGCCAUGUUCAACAAACCAAACGUUGACACUUUUCAGAGAAACACGUUCUGUUCUGUGUACGCACAUUGAUUAGGUUUUUAUAACUGUGACGUCCAAUAUAGAAGGAUCUUUAGAAGAGUAGUUAAACAUAUCAUACAAUGUUUUAUCAAUGUCUAGCAGCAAUGUUUGUUUUUGUAAAUGGUCACAAUACUUAGUUGUUUUGCGGUCUAAUGCAUCAAAUGCUAAGCUUUAGUGAAGAAGGAAAAAAGAAGUGAAGUGGAAAAGCUUUUGAAAUACUGUAUAUGACUGGGACACCUACACAAACCUGAAUCCUCCUGUUUGAAGCUCAUAUUAUAUUCAGCAGGUGAAAAGGACAGUUGUACAUGUGGCUGAAGAAGCAGCCUGUAUGAGCAUACUGACAUCACACAGGACUGUUAUUAUAUUUAGUAUGAUUGUUGUUGUUAAUAUUGUUUUUUUGCUCAUAUUCCGUUAAUGUAUUUGUGUAUAAUUUGCUGAUAUAGCGACUUGACAAAUACUGUGACAGUAAUAACUUUGUUUAGCUUCAAAUGUUAUUUACACACGUGCACUGUGUCUCCAACAGCCAUGAGUUCCUGUAUGCUCUCGUUGCAUGCCAUCCAUCUGUACUCAGAAUAAUACGUUCACUCUUAGCUACUGUCAUUCUAAUAAAUAUACGUACCAUACUUUCA